GAACCUCCUAAUCAUGGCGAACCUUAGAAUUCCUGUGUCGCUAUGGCCCCUUGUGAUAGGUCCGCGCGGCCCGAAGCGGGCUUAUUUCAGGGCCCGAACCCAGCCCCGGCCUGGUGCCCUGCUCCAGCCACUGCCCCGGCCCUUCGAGGUGGGGCUGCCGCGCCGCCUGCUCACGUCCGAGGCCGAACCUGGCAGCUCAGCGCUGAAGAAACCUACAUUUAUGGAUGAGGAAGUCCAAAGCAUACUCAUCAAGAUGACAGGCUUGAACUUGGAGAAGACUUUUAAGCCAGCUGUACAAGAACUGAAGCCGCCAACCUAUAAGUUAAUGACCCAGGCGCAGUUGGAAGAGGCUAGAAGAAAGGCAGUAGAGGCAGCUAAAAUACGACUGAAAAUGCCGCCGGUUCUAGAAGAACGAGUGCCCAUAAAUGAUGUGUUGGCUGAAGAUAAGAUUUUGGAAGGAACAGAAACGGCCAAAUACGUGUUUACUGACAUAUCCUACAGCAUACCGCACCGUGAGCGUUUCAUUGUCGUCAGAGAACCAAGUGGCAGACUACGCAAAGCCUCUUGGGAGGAACGGGAUCGGAUGAUACAAGUGUAUUUCCCAAAAGAAGGUCGAAGAGUUUUGCCACCAGUAAUUUUCAAGGAAGAAAAUCUUCAGACCAUGUACGGCCAGGACCGGCAUGUGGACGUCCUCAAUCUCUGUGUGGCCCAGUUUGAGCCAGAUUCCACGGAGUACAUCAAGGUUCAUCACCAGACCUAUGAAGACAUAGACAGACAUGGCAAGUAUGACCUUCUACGUUCAACGAGGCACUUUGGUGGAAUGGCUUGGUAUUUUGUAAAUAAGAAAAAGAUUGAUGGUUUGCUGAUCGACCAGAUUCAGAGAGAUUUGAUUGACGAUGCUGCCAGCUUGGUCCAGCUGUACCACAUGGUGCAUCCCGAAGGCCAGUCAGCCCAGGAGGCCCGAGGGCAGGCAGCUGAGGGAGUAAACCUAAUUAAGGUCUUUGCAAAAACAGAAGCACAGAAGGGGGCAUAUAUAGAAUUAACACUGCAGGCUUACCAAGAAGCAUUCGUUAGCCAUUCUGCAGCUUCCUGAGAGUAACUGUAAAAUACAUUCCAUUUUACUAAAUACUACCUUUCUCUUUGUUAAUAUUAUGCUGAAUGUUUAAAAAAUGUCAAGAUUAAAUAAGGUAUAUUUAUAGUUUUCUAUAAAGUUACUUUUUAUUUUUGACAAAUAUCAAGUAAAACUUGUUGUUCUACUUCUAGGCUAGAAAGGGCUGACGCUUCAGUGCCUGAUGAUAGUUUUAAGUACGCGCUCAGUUUUCCCAAAUAGGCCAGCAGGUAACUCAGACACGGCCCAGCUUCGUGAGGUCAGAGGGGCAGGGCUUUGAUUCCAGAGAUGAAGUCUGA